GACUUCAACAGCGGCCAGCUUCGCCGAACGCGUGUGGCGCGUCUUGGGGUGUAUGUACACCUGGAGGGCGACGGUUUCCGUGCGUUUUGCCGUCUUGCUUGCUCUCGGAUUCUCAACGUAACCGUUUCGGCUUUCCAGCCGCGGCGGUCGCCCAGUUUUGGAUAAUUCUUCUUCCUCUCUGCUGCCUUUCCGCGCUCAAAGGGAAACCGGACUUUCUGAAGCCCAGGAAUCCGUUAAAGCGCUGCCUUCUGUCUCCGCGACACUCGUCCAACGCGACGCAACGGGGUUCCGCUCUUUCUGGACUCGGUUCCCGCCUCGGGGGACGGCAGGUCUCACCUGGCCUCUUUCUUUCUUCUGUUUCUUUCUUCUCUUUCUUGGUCUCAUUCUCGCUCGACAACGCAGACGAGUGGACCCAGAGUAGGUGGGCGGAAGCUGCAAGUUCGCGCUUCUCUGCUGGUUCGAAUUUUUAGUUGUCGCGGCCGCUCGAAAGUUCUCUCUGCGGCCUUCUUUUUCUAUCGUCGCUCUCCCGUGCCUCACCCUCGGGUGUCUGGCCAGCUGAAGUUUCCAGGGCGACCCCCAACCGACGUGGUUGCUUUUUCUCGUCACUUCAUCGUCAUUUUCGUGAACACUCCGGUUUGAAUCCAGCGUUCUCUCGAGUUUCUUACAGGACCUCCCAAGGCUCUGUUUCUUCUGAUCGAGUGCAUGCUUAUGUUUCCGGAAAGCCGUUUCUGUGUGUUUUUCUUCUUCUCUUCAUGUUUCUUAUUGAACGUUCUCAGUUGUCCUUGGGGCUUCCAAGCAUCUGAUGCCUCUCGCGCCUGUUCUCCCCUCGGUCUUUCUGUCGCAUCUUCUUCCAGGCUCCCUCGGCGUCCUUCGCCUUUCCCCUGACUUCUACAAACGGAUUCUUCUCUUCUCGUGUCGAGUUUGGUCGCUUUCUCUUCGUUAAAUCGUUCCACCUCCCUCUCGCUUCUUCCCCUUCUCACUCCCUCGUCUCCCUCUCCUCCGGUUUGUCUCGCUUCCUUCUCCUCUCCAUUUCCUCUUCUCUCGUCGCAUGCCGCGAUGUCGAAUGAGGACGCAAUACCUCCCCCACAGAAGCCAGAGUUUGCUCCCUCCGCGGGAGCCUCUGGCGAAGACCCUGCGAGAGGUGUCGAGACAGCCGAGGCGGCGCGAGGCGCAGGAUGUGGACCUGCGAGUUCGUGCGAGGGGCGUGAGGGGAAGCGGCCGUUGGCGCCGGAGACGGAAGAAAAUGUGAAGCGCCUGCGAGCAAACGCGGAGUGCAUGCAUGCGGGAGCGUCUCCGGAAGACUGUCCUGUGCCCCGUGAAGCUCUGCAGUCCUUCUCGCCUCUUGGCACUUCACAGGUCGUCGCAGGAGCUGUUCUCCAUGCGGCUCCAGACGUCGCGCCUGCGGACCUCGCUCGCAGAACGUCGCCUAUGGGGGAAGAAGACGACGCAGAGAGAGGCGAGAACGGCGUCACGCGCGACGACCGAGGCAACGCUGGCGGAGGCACAACUGGCGCGGCGCUCAACAGAAAGGGGGAAAACAAGCCUGUAGAAAUCGCCCCGAACGUCGCCAGACUUCCGCCGUACGACAAGAACGUGACUUCCUCCAUUCUCGUUUCGACAGCGACUUUCGCCACAGUCAGCGUACCUUCGGAGGACUUCCGCGAGCAGCUGGCUUCCCCCCCCGCGGACGGCGUCAAGGGUGAGGAGACCGCAAAAGGAGGCGACGGCGCACCGGGGACUGGCGCCGGAGUCCGGGCAGACCGUCCGCCGGUCCCUCUCGACGAAGAGAAGCUGCGCGAACGAGAAGAGGAAGCGUGGAGACAGGCUCAGCAACAAGAGGGUCGCGGACCCUACAAGCUUCCCUCCUGCACCUUUUGGUUUGACGAAACGAAACUCGCCACGGUGGAACGAGAUCUUCUGCCGUCUCUCUUUGUCGACUCUGGCUUGCCCGCCGCCGAACUCGAGGAGCGCUACUUGCAACUCCGCCAGGCCGUCGUCAGCCUGUACCGCGCCGACCCCACAAAGUAUCUUUCUUUCUCGGAGUGCCGCAGAGUCAUUGCGGCCGAUGCAGCGCUGCUGCUGCGUCUUCACAGUUUUCUCGACUAUUGGGGCGUGAUCAAUUUCCAGGCCGAUCCCGCGACCAUCCCCAGCGCAGUCACAAGACGCAGAGACAUUCUGCUUAAAGAUAUCCAAACCUUGCAGAAGCGCGGAGAGGCUUCUCAAGUGUCUGGGGAGAAGGGAGAGUAUCCGAACCAGUUGCUUUCUGCCUUGACGUCGCUUUCUGGAGUGGGCGACGAGGGGGCAGCGGCCGGCGGUGCAGGACCGUGGAGAUGCGCUGCAUGCGGAAAAGUCUGUCUCUACUCCUACUACGUCUUGCGUCCUGGCGGAUCACGUGGCGUCUCCCUGGGUGUCCUGGACAAGUGCGUCUGGUGCCUCAAGUGCUUCGCCGAUGGUCGCUACCCUCCGGUCCUGACCGAGCGUCAAUUCCUGAAAGUCAGUCUGCCGCUGAUGGGCAGCGACGGCAGUGACGGCAAGUGGACGUUGGAGGAGACGGAGCGUCUGAUCGAGGGCAUCGAGAGGCACUUGAACGACUGGAACGAGGUGGCGGCGUUCGUCGGAGGCGGCCGGACUGCGCAGAUGUGCGUGGAGCGAUUCAUCCAGCUGCCGAUUCAAGAGCCGUUGUUGCCUCCUCGCGGCGGCGGAGCGGACGCAGGGCCGUUCCGCCACUUCAAGAAUCCUCUGCUGUCUCUCCUCGCCUUCCUCGCCUCCUCGGUGCAUCCCUCCGUCGCCGCGGCAGCCGCGCGCGCCGCCCUCAAGGCGACGGUCGACCUCCUCGGCGACGAGGAGACACCGGCGCGAGGCGAGAGAGAGGCGGCGCCGGAGCAGAGAGAGACGCCAGCGGAGAGAGAGGCGGCGCCGGAGGCCAGCGGCAAGAGACGCGAGAACGGCGAGAAGACGCCGCGAGUGACAGGAACGAAGAACGAGGCGGAGAGUGCUCAGGAGAAGACGGGGAAAGAGGAGAGGAGAGAGGGGGAGAAAGACGAAGACAGGGAGAAGAGAGAGAGGAGGCCUUGGUUGGCAAAUUCAGAGAACCGAGGCUUGAUCGGCGACUGCGAUUUGCAGGUGGCUUGUGCGACGGCGGUCGCUGCAGGCGCCGCAGCGGCGCGGGAACUGGCGAAAGUUGAGGAGAAAGAAGUCAAAGAAAUCAUGAGUGAAGUUGUGAAGCUCCAACUCGAGAAACUCGAACUUCGCAUGAACAAAAUGCAAGUUCUUCAAACCAGAAUCGCGCAAAGCAAGGCUGCAAUGGAAACGAAGUUCUCCCAGUUGCUGAACGAGCACAGAGACCUCGCGGCGGAGUUAGUCAAGACGAAGGAAGCUGCGCUGACGGCGCUGCCUUGAUUUCCUCGGCUCUGCUUGCGACAGAACUCACAGACGUCGAACGCGGUUCUCGCGCCUCGACAAGGAGUUCUGCUCCGUGAGCGCCGACCUAUCCCUUGAAAGGAAGAGGACCGAUGCGGAGUUUUUCCCUGCGCGAGCGAAAGGAGAGACGAGGAAAACGCGCGAGAACAGAGUGAAUCUCGACGUCGGCGACAAGCAAGAGAGCACAUGCGAGAGAGAAAGUGACAACCUACGAGAAAGCUAUGCGCGAGAAAGGAGAGGGCGUUCAACGCUGCUCGCCAGUCCUGGGCCUGCCCUGGGGAUUUGUGUCUCACAGGGAACAUACGAGAAACUCUUGUCUCUUCUUUCUUCUUGGUUUUGCUGUUCGCUGCUUCGUGAUGUCUCCAUUCCUCGGGGAGGCUCCCCGACAGGUACGGCGCAGGUGUGGAGAGACGCAAGGCGACCAGCGAGUCUCUCGGAUUCUUUUUCUUUUCCCCGCCAGCACUCUUCCCUUCCUACCAGUCUUCUUUUCUGUUCUCUUCUUUCUGCGAUGCAUGAUUUCUCUCGAGUCUUCUUUUUUGCGAGUCUUCUGCCCCUUCCCCCCCCCCCUCUCGCUCGAACGCGGAGACAGGGGGAAGCCAGGAAUCUCUGUCGCUCUUUCCACUUGUGCUUUUUGUGCGACUCGGAUUCUCCUUUCUGAAACGCUGUCGUCCCGAGUCUUCUCGUCGUCGACGCAAAUCGCCUUCACUCGGAAAUGUCGGCGCUUCGUCUCGAGGCCCAGCUGGGCGUUGACGACUCGUUAUCGUGCAUGCAAUGCGCCGUAUGUGGCGAGAACAAAACUUCUUUUUCGCGAACUCAAACUCACACCGCCUCCACUGUGUCUGCGCGAAACUCGCCGACCAGUCCAGAGAGAACUUGUGAGAGUGA